GAUUUUGAGGUGUGGGAAUUUUGCGUGCACAGUGAACGCGUAUUUGAAACCUGUGGGAGUGCUUUGCGGAAUUCCACCGGAGUAGCCACCGUCUCGUGAAGUGUCGCAUCCCCUGAACUCUGCUCGGAGAGUUACUGGGUCAAGUUCAAGCAUAACCCCGAUAAUUUUAACAAGAUUGCGCUGCCAAAGCUUGAAACUUUACAGUUCCGCCUCGUUUAAUCAGUUUAUUCGUUCUGCGAGCUCUUGGAAGACGUUCAAGAUGCGCGGUGACACAACGUUGUAAAGUUUCGCACUUCGUACAGAUCAUUGGUAAAUAUACGCAGGAACGACGUGCGUUCGCGACGACACAGAAGAUCUCGCGAGUCAACAGGCGCAAAAUGUGCGCACGACUCUUGGCUUGCCCGUUGUGCUCUCAGCCUGGAUUUCUGACACUUGACGCGCUGCGAGCCGGACUUGUGAGUGUAGCCACUCGACCCCUUGUCUGCCCUGUCUGUAACGAAGUGCUGUUAGGCAUAGAUAAAUUGACUAUACACCUGUUCGGUCAUACGAUCAAUCUGAGCAGUGACAACAAUGCGACGGAGACAUCGAAGCACAUGAACGUCAUCACUCCUAAUAACGAGCGUCUAAUCGCCCUCCACAAUCUGCACAACAUCAGCCCGCAGAAUUGGAGCAUGCUGAAGACACAGCAGUUGGACAAGACGCAGGUAUCGAUCGACAACAGCGGCGCUUGCACGGAGUCGUCAAGUUCCGCUGCGUCAAUCACAGGGAGCAAGGUCCACCUCAUAAACACUCAAUCUCAAGCAUCGAGCCCAGACUUGCUCGAGAAAGGCGCGGCUCAGCAGUUUGUGUCGGAUUACAAUUACGACGUGAUCAAGAUAAAUAUUCUCCCACAGGCGGACGAAAGUCACAACGUACCGCUGGGAGCGACAGCGAGCUUGCAGGAGGUGUUGAAGACACACUGUGCCACGCAAUCCUUCAGCAACGGCAGUGUGUCUCAGGAAAAUACGCAGGCGGAAAAGACCAUGUCGGACUUUGCCAGCGACUGGAUGAAGGAGCAAAGCUGCGGGUCCUUGGCCGUAACGAAGGUGGUAGCAACCGUGGACACCAACGUCUACCAAAGUAUCGAGGCAGAGUGCGUGACAAAGUCGAGCGACAGUCAACGUGUAGCGAAAGAGCAAUCGAUGGUGAAUUUGAUGGAUAAAGAGAACGACCUCUCUGACUUGCGAUCGAUUCCAAACGUGGCGCCGAUCUGUUGCACAGACACGUCGCUGGAACAACGAUCCAACGGCAGACGAAGUCCACGCGAUGCGAUAGAGACGAACGUUAAAGAUGAAGAGCACAGUUCCAAGGAGCAGAGGAAGAUACUGACCGCGCAAACGUGCUCCAAGAUCUUUCAGGUGGCAACGCCGAAGGACAAGAUGGAGAGAUGCGACGUCUGCGGCUUCUACUUCCCCGACGUGAACAUUCUGGCGCUGCAUCAGCAGUUAGUGCACGAGCAGGAGUUGGGGAACGUCCAGGGGAAGGUCCUGAAAAAUUACUCGUGUCACCUGUGCUCCAAGAUUUUCAAAAUGAGGGGCAGUCUGAUGGUGCACAUGCGAGUCGUGCACAUCGGCCACAAUUUAGGUCCCUUACCCAAAGACGGCCAGAUCGAGUUAGCGCACAGUGAUGUCGGAUACAACUGCCCCACGUGCGGAAAGCGGUUCAAGAAAGAGCAACACGUGAUACAGCAUCUGAAAACACACGAGGGCAAGCAGUGGGAGUGCGACGUCUGCAGUAAGAUGUUCACGACCAAGUACUUCCUGAAGAAGCAUAAGCGGCUGCACUCGGGCGAGAUGCCGUACAAGUGCAAGAUAUGCGACAAGAAUUUCACCUUCCAACAGUCGUAUCACAAGCACAGACUCUAUCACAAGGACGACAAGCCUCACACCUGCGCGACCUGCGGCAGGUCCUUCAAGGAGCUUUCCACGUUGCACAACCACGAGCGAAUUCACACCGGGGAGAAGCCGUUCGCGUGUGAGACAUGCGGAAAGUGUUUCCGCCAACGUGUUUCGUAUUUAGUCCAUCGUCGAAUUCACACAGGAGUGAUGCCUUAUAAAUGCACAAUGUGUGGCAAAAGCUUCCGAUACAAGGUGAGUCAAAGGACGCACAAGUGUCCUGCACAGACAUCGGCGAGUAUGCAGCAAUCGCUUAACACGAUCGCACAAAAGACCAACGAUGACGAUGAAACGGUCAGGCUACAGGAAAAUAACACCUUACAAUCGAUACGAGAAAGCCAAACUGUUAUGAAUACCGUCGAUAAGGAGGAGAACAAGUUUGUGCUGAUAAUAAAUGCUCAAGGACAACAUGUUUUUGCGUUGCAAUCAGAGAUGAGCAGUAUAUCUUCAAAGAAAGAACAAACCUUGGAACUUGAAGGCGCCAAUAAUACAAGCAAAAGUUCAAAGAGCAAGACAUGGAGUACCGACGAUCUUGACUCCAUCAAACUCAAAGAAUCUUCAGAGACAAUGGAGAAGGCACAGUCGGAUAACGAGAAGAUAAACAUGAAGAAUACAAAUGAUCUACUCUCACUGAUGAUGUCGCGUCUCGAGAACAGCGUGUCGUCUUCUACCUUUGAAAUGGAACACCUGAGAGUAUCCUCGCCUAAGCAAAAAGAGAACUUGAUAGACUCUUAUACAGAUUUUUCACAGAUCUCUGAUAAUACACAAAUGAAUCUUGUGGAUUCAAGCAUAGAGCAGAAUUUUGCCCAUGAUAAGGAUGUUUCCGAUUCCUUGCAAACUAUAAAUGUAGAGUCGUUGAAGGAAUUGCUGUACAGCAUCGAUAGAAAAUGAGAAGUGUGUAUACCUGUUAUGACAGUACAAACUAACAUUAUGUUAAUAUGUGUCCAUCGACCAUAGAUCAAUAUAUAGAAAAUUGAGAUAUUUAUUCCAACUGCAAAAUAUGUACAAGAAUGAACAUACACACAUGCACCGAUAUAAUGUUUUUGAUUGUAUAAUGUUCCAAUGAGCACUAACUAACAGUAAUAUUAUAUCAAUGUUACAAUUUCUCAUUCAACGAUAGAUUUGUUUUCUAUCGCUGAGCGAUUGUGACAUAUUCAGAACUUGACAAGAUACAGAUAUGUCGUCGACACUUGUAAAAAAAGAGGAAAAGAGAAUUGAUGCAAGGUGGAGCAUCCAGUGCAGCCAGUGUAGCAAUAGAAAACAAACCUAUUGUUGAACAAGAAAUCAUAACAUUGAUGUAAUGUUACUAUUGGCUAGUGUAUUUAAUAAGGUUUCAUCAUUUUGUACAUGAAUUGCGUGUGUAAACCGAUUAAUGGAAACAACGACUUACUUGUUUCCAUCAAGUAAAUUUAAAUUUGAAUAUAUUUCAUACGUGAUCUCAUGCUCCAAAUAUCCAAGUGCCUAAAGUGAGUCGCAAUCUGCCGCUCGCUCGCUCGCUCUCUCUCUCUCUCUCUCCUUCUCUCCCUCUCCAUCUCUCCCUUUUUUUCUCUCUCUCUCUCUCUCUCUCUCAAUUUUCGCUACAGGCAUCAGUUAAGGUUAAGCCCCAACGCCAUUUUACGAAAAGUAAAAUAGAUUUUAGAAUAUUAAUGAAAUAUGGUACAAAGAGGGACCACGCGUGUACGCAGUUCUCAAUGGUAAAGAAUUACACGUAGUUUCGCAGCGAUAAAAUCACACCCAACGGCCUCGAGGGCUAAACUUGGAAACAAUUUGCCGCUGUCCCUUAUUGCAAUCUAACCUUCGAAACAAGGUCCGUAAAUAGAGAAACGGAACAAAGUUAGGUCUUCUCAUUCACUUCACACGACUUGGCUCGUAAAUAACGGCGAUCGUGGCUCAGCUGAUUAACCACAUACAGUCAGUAUCACGUACAUCCACCCAGAUUCUCUGGCUCCAAAAUGGCGGCCAUGAGAGGACCUAAAGCCAGCGGCACACGAUGCUUGUUUUCCUGCUGAAUUGUCUGCUAGGUGUCCUUACUUGCUGCUAUGCGGGUAGCUGUGCAGACAACUCUGCUGGCUGUGUUGCUGGUUUGGCUUCACAUGAUGCGGGUCACGUACUGGUUGAAAGAUAAGUAGAUUUGCAUUAGGGCUGCGUUCCGAUAUUCACUGCUAGCACUGAAAUUCUAUGGUAUACGUGACACAAACUAUGUAUUUUCAGUACUGACAGUGAAUUUCGGAAUGCAGUUUAGGUCAUUAUAAACAUGGAACAGAUAAUUGCUGUUGCAGUAAAACGUAAAAGAAUUGCAGUUUCAUUUUUUUUUUAUUAUAGCGUUGCAACAAAGACGACGGAAUCAAUUUCGCCGACGUUUAUGGAGUCGACAAUGGUUACAACGGCGCAAUAAUUACGCAAGUGUACUUACUAUGUUAUUUACAGAACUCGGAGCUGAAAAUCCUAGAUCUUUCAAAAAUUAUACUCGACUGGAAGAAGAGGUUAUGGAAAAACUAUUAUUUCUCAUUACUCCAUACAUUGAGAAAAAGAAUACAGUAAUGAGAGAAGUUAUUUGUCCUCGAAUGAGAUUGAGUGUAACUCUUCGAUUUUUAGCAACUGGCAACUCGUUUCAAGAUCUCUCGUUUUCCAUAAGAAUUGCUCCAAAUACUUUAUCAAAAAUUAUACCAGAAGUAUUGCAAGCUAUUAUUAUUAACUAUAUUAUAGCUAUUAAGCUAUUACAGUGCUUGAAGACAAAGUGAUGUUAUUCCCAAAUAAAGACGAAGAUUGGGAAAUCAUAGCUGAAAAAUUUCAAACUAUGUGGCAAUUCCCUCACUGCAUAGGCGCUUUAGAUGGCAAACAUAUCGUCUUUCGUCCUCCACGCAGUGAUGGAUCAAAAUAUCGUAAUUAUAAAGGGACAGAUAGCAUUAUUCUUUUGGCCUUAGUAGAUGCAGAAUAUAAAUUUAUCUUUAUAAACUUUGGCAAAAAUGGUCGCACUCAUGACUCUACAGUGUUUCGUGAAAGUCCAUGAGGAGUAAAAUUGAAGGAAAAUACUUUCAAAUUACCACAACUAAGUACUCUGUUUGGUUUUAAUGUUAACUUGCCAUAUGUAAUUAUAGCGGAUGAUGCUUUUGCAUUACAUAUUAAUUUAAUGAAACCUUAUCCAGAACGUGGCUUGACGCAACAAAAGCGAAUAUGUAAUUA